UCAUUUACGAAAAUGCCCAAUCGCUUUUACGCCUUUCACCUGCGUUUCUCUUCCUGCGCGGCUCACACCAAACCACUGAAUAUACUUAACCAAAGUCGCGAACAGAAAGUUGAGAAGCUGAAUAGAAGCGAUGGCGGUUCCGUUUACAGCUCUGUCGAACGUUGGCUCCUUCUCAGGCCCAGGAUCGCGAAGCCUCUCCCAGGUCAAUCUCAUUACUCCGUCGUGUAAUUUUACACAGAUUCGAGCUCCGAAGAUGCUGUCCUCGUCGUCAUCGAGCUUAUUCUCGAAUUCGUUGCGUGUCGUUCCACUCGCUUACUUGUCUCGUACUUCAUCCCCGAGGAGAGCCAGCGGUCUCUGCUCAGUUCGGGCCAGUGCUGAGGUUGCAGAAUUGCAGUCCAAAAUAACCAACAAAGUAUAUUUUGAUAUUAGCAUCGGGAAUCCAGUGGGGAAGCUUGCUGGGAGGAUUGUGAUAGGAUUGUACGGAGAUGAUGUACCCCAAACUGUAGAAAACUUCCGUGCUCUUUGCACAGGAGAGAAAGGAUUUGGCUACAAAGGCUCUGCAUUCCAUCGCGUCAUCAAGGACUUCAUGAUUCAAGGAGGAGACUUUGAUAAAGGAAAUGGAACUGGUGGUAAAAGUAUAUAUGGCCAAACCUUCAAAGAUGAGAAUUUUAAAUUGUCUCACGUUGGAACUGGAGUUGUUAGCAUGGCAAAUGCAGGACCAAACACCAACGGAAGCCAAUUCUUUAUAUGCACUGUUAAGACACCGUGGCUAGACCAAAGGCAUGUGGUGUUUGGGCAAGUUUUGGAGGGCAUGGACAUUGUGAAGUUGAUUGAAUCGCAGGAGACGGACAGAGGUGACCGUCCUAGAAAGAGGGUCGUCAUCAGCGACUGCGGCGAGCUUCCUGUGGCCUAAGGUGAGGUGGAAGCUGGUCUCGGCGAAUUUUCGUUAUUUUCCUUCUAUCUUCUUGUGGCGGGCAGUCUUCCCGAUCUAUAGAGCGUUUUUGAGCAGGCAGGCUUUUUAUACCCAAGUUUCUUAUUUGAUUGGUGGUUGUAUUACUCGUGGUGAAAGAUGAUAUCCAAAAGUUUGAACCAACCAUGGUGGUGUUAAACUAAACUAGUACUACUACUGAUAUGGUGAUGUAUUUCCACACAAAGCUCGUGUCCCAUAGCAGGGAACUUCUGAAAGAGUAGUCUGUUUCUUAA